UUACCAAACGAGUGAAACGAAUCAGAUUGCUGAUAAACAUUGGUUCGUAUGCUCUCUGGCCAUUUAAUUAGUAAUUCUAUCAAAAAAGUCUUUUGUAUUUCUAAAGUAAAAAUUUAGAAUGUUUAAUUCUAAUUGAAGUUUACAUAGUUUUUAUUUUAAGAAGAAAUUUAAGAAGCAGACUGUUACUGAAUAAACACUGGAGUAACAAAUAUAUUUUAGAUAUUGCUAUUUGUUAAUAAAAUAAAUGAUACUGAGACACUUUUUUUAAAGUUUAUAAAAUUCCAAAAACUAAGCAUAUAGCUUAAUAUUUUCUCAGUAAUCUUUAUAUCAAGGCACAUUUGCCAUUUUCUGAAUUGACCAUAAUACAUCCCAUUUAUUAAGAUAUUUGUUGGAUAGUUUUAUUAAUAGAAAGAUGAGGAAGUUGGACUUUUAAGAAUAUACUUGAUCAGUUAAAGUUAAAAAUGGAGAAAAGUUAAUUUGUUGUUGUUGUUGUUGUUUUGUAUUUACAUAAGAUGCAAUCUCAUUCCUAAAGUCAGAGGUGUAUUAGGGCCAAAAAAUGUUCUCCGAACAGGUUCGAAUGUUGUAUUAUGGGCAAAGAAGACCACCUAGCCAGUAGCAGGUUGUGUUUAGUUAGCUAACCCUUGGCAAAUUCAGGAGUCCCAAGUCACUUUUCUGCAUACAGUGGCAUCCUUCUAAUGGAUUAGAGCUCUUUUUCUAAAAAGAAAUUGUGUUUUGAAAAAAUUAAAUAAUAGUUGCAAGAAUAAGUCAGUGAACUUUAACAUACCCUUUAUCUAGAUUCGAUUUGCCAGUUGUUAACAUUUUGCUACAUUCUCUUUACCACUCUCGACAUGAUAGUAUUGUUUUAUUUUUGCUCAACAAUUUGAGAGUUAGGUUGCAGACAUCUUGAACCUUUCUUCUAAAUGGUAGCAUACAUGUCCUAGAAACAGACAUUCUCCUACCUAGUCAUGGUACAAUGAUCAAAUUCAAGAAGUGAGACUUUGGUACAAUAGUAUUAUCUAAUUUACAGUCCAUAUUAAAAUGUUUCUGAUUGUCCCAGCAGUGUUCUUUAUAGUGACUUUUUUCCCCAAACACAAGAUCAUGCAUUGCAUUUAGUUGUCAUGUAAGUUUUGUUGCUUUUAGAACAUGUCGCUUCUGUCCAGAAUUAGAGAUAGUCUUCUGACUCUUACCUCUUACAAGCUUUGUUGAAGAAAAAGGACAUUAGGAAUUUCAAAGAGGCCGCUUCCUAUUUAAAAAAAAAAAAGCAAAAAGGGACUCUUUUGUUUUUAAUUUUUACAACUUUGUCUGGGUUUUGGUUUCUUGACUCAGCAAAGUCUAUAAUGCAGCAGGGCUUGGUAAGCACUAAAGGCGGUACUGAAGCUUUCCUUUAUUUUAUAAUCCCAAUUGUUUUUUCUAGAAACCAUCAAUAGCGUCUAAAUGACUGACUCAAUUUUUGGAUCCUGUUCUCAUGACUAAGCAAAUGUUUGACUGAAACCAGCCCAUAUAAAUGUCACUGUGCCUCUAACUCUCUGUAGCCAUUCCUGAAUUUCUUUCAGCACUGGGAAAACCAGUCUGUGCACCAAAAAUGUCUAAAACUGGAACCAAGGUAAGUAGUCAUACUGAUUUUUAGCCUACCCACUUUUCACCUAAUGAUGCAUUAAACACACAGAAAAGCUUUUGCUUCUUUGCCUAGAGGUGAGUAUGAUAGUGGUUAGAGAACUGGGAUUGAGAGAGAAGAUUAAGAAAUGCUUAUUAUUUUUCUACUCUUAACAGAAUUACUAAACACUUUAUUAAGGGUUUAUCUUUAUGUAUGGUGCUAUGUUGAAUACUAUACAGGUAAAUAAUUUAUAAUAUCACUAUUAUUUCUGCCUUCUAGCAACUAAUAUUCUAUGCAACUGAUAUUCUCCAUAGGAAUAAGACAUGCUAAUGGAGAUUAUAUGGAGAAGAAAACUUUUAAUAAUCAAUUAAAAUUUUGUUUUCUGAAAUGUAGCCUCAACCAUUAGUGUUCUAAAAGGCCAAAGUGGAUGGGCUAAUCAGGUGAAUAAACUCCUACAUCUCUCCUUCAUUCAAGCAAUUAUUUUUACUUGUUCCCCAAAUAAAGUGCUCCCUUAUAGUCAGAAAAUUGCCUGUAAAGUAUUUGACUCACAAUUGUUGGAUUGGAAAUUAUUCUCUCAGAUAGGGCUUUGGGAAUGAGGGAAUAUGCCUUCAUUUUCUUUUUAGCUCUUCCACUGAUGAGACAAAACCGCUGCGCGAUUUUUACCCCCAGCUAUUCGAAAAUUUUCAAACCCAUUGAAUCUUCAAAGAAUGGGGAAGAAAUGUUGAAUGAAUAUUUGUUUAUCUUUCACUUAUAUUCUCCAGUUGUUGACAUUUUGCCAUAUUUGGUCUCUCCUAUCUCCAUCUCUUUCUCUUUACUAAACCAUUUGAAAAUUAGUAGCAAACUUUAUUAUACUUUUGCCUUGAGUAUUUAGGCAUGUAUCUCCUAAAAACUAGGGCGUUUUCCUGUAUAAACACUGUGUCAUUAGCGUGUCCCCAAGAUUUACCAUAAAUACAAUAGCUAAUAUUGAGACCAUAUUCAUAUCUCCCCUGAUUGUCCCCAAAAACGUGCUUCAUGGUGGCCUUUUCCCCUAAUACAGGAUCAAAAACGUGUAUUGCACUUGGUUGUCAUGUCUCUUUAUUCUCUUCAAUUUUUUUAGCCUCUCUAAAAAAGUCCCCCUACCCUUUUGUUGUUGUUCUUGAGACACUGACAUUUUUCAGAGCCUAGGUUAGAUGUCUUUUAGGAAGUCUUGCAAUCUAGAUUUGUCUAAUUGUUUCCUCAUGUUUAGAUUCAGAAUAAAUAUCUUUGCCAAGAAAGCUACAUAGGCAAUGUUGUGUACUUCCUGUUGCAUCAUGUCAGAGGUACCUGUUAACUUGUUCUGUAAUUUAGUGUCUUUAGCACUCUGAGGUUCUUGAAAAUAUACCAUGCAAAUCCACUAAAAAAGAAUUUUAAGUCCUUAGAGGAGGGAUAUCCAUGUGUCUUGAGGUAAAGCUGUUAUACAACCAUCUUAGAUGAAAACAUCUGCUUUUAAAGAUUUGCAGAGUAGUAAUAGUGUACUCUUUUUUAUUUAUAGCUGAGUUGUUCAUUUAGUUAAAUAACUUUUGCUUGCUAGGGUAAAGGAGAUAGUAAAUUAUUUCUUACUCUUUCUCAUUGCUUCUUCCUUUCCCACUAUCCUGCUAGCAGUUUAAUCAGAGGAGCUAUGGGCUUGGCAAAAGGAAUAGAUUUAACUAAGUAUGUUUUCAUUACCUCUGGGAUACUCAAGGCAUUUUUCUCUCUGCUGCAUUGGAUUAGUAGGCCGUUUUUCCACAAAUAAACCUGAUAAUGAUAGGAAUUUUGUAAUAAUUUCUGAGAAAACUUUCUGCACAUUUCUUAGCCUUCUCUACAAAAUGUUUUGCCCAAGGGUCAAAACCUCUAAGCUGACAAUAGCAUGGAUUUCAUGGUUAUUCUACAAAUAGAAAUUGAGCACAGCUCGGUGCAACAUUCUCUGGCUCUUGAGAUAUAGAAGGUCUCCCACUGAAAGGAGAGCUUAGUCUUGGAGCUAAGUAAUGAUUCCAUAGCAACAGGAUGAGGGCUCUGUUUCAACUGUUGGAUGGUUGGCUGGUCUUCUGGGAGGGUGGACAUCAGGUGACCUUAUCAGGUGUCGUGUAUAUUUUUACUUAGCAGAUAUUGAUAAUUAGUCAAGCAAAUGUGCAGAAGGCAGUAAAUGUGAGAAACUAUGAAGUGAAAUCGAUGGUAUUAUUAACUUCAUUUCCCAUAGGAUAUCUUUUGCAAAGGCUCUUCUUGGUGACUAUUUGGUCAAAAACCAAAGGCAAAUAGAACAUAUGAAUUAAGGAGUUUAAAAUCUAUCCAUUCUCAGUAAGUUAUUUGACCUUCCUAAAGAUCUCUCCACAGGUCACGAGGAAGGGCCCCUCAGGCUUAGGCCCAGCCUUGUUCCUUGUCCAAGAGACAAGGUUAAGUGCUGCCAUGUUAAACGAAGCUAACUGUGCAGGCAGAAAGACAGCAAAGGAAAAUAAAGUGAACAAUAGAUUACUCACCAGGAGUUUUGCACUGCAGCCCACCAGCUUGUCUGCAACUAACUUGUAACUAGGUAGUGACAUUAGGCCAAUCACUUAACUUCUUCAUCUGUAAAAACUGUAGCAAAAGCUUACUGCCAAUUGUGAGUCAGCUAUUAAACUAAGUACUUUAUCAACAUCCCCUUGGACCCUCAGAACAUACCAUCUGCAAGAGACACUGUCAUUCUGUUUUGCAAAUGAAGAGCUGUAGAGAAAGGUUAAUUGCCCUGUCCAAGGUCACAUGGCAAGAAAGCAGUAGUACUGGGAUUUUUUUUUUUCUUAUCCAUAAACUGAGGUGCCAUGUAUCUAAAUCUAUAUACUGUGCUAAGAUGGGAAGGGAACUGAAACACAUAAAGAAAUUUGGGCAGGGGGUAAAGGAGAUGAAGUAGAUGACUUAGGAGUUAGGAGUGGGAAGGAAAAACGACCCUUUUAGGGAACAGGAAAGAGAAUAGUUGAAAUAAAUGGGAAGGGAAGGGAAAGAUUAAGGUGGAGGGAAAUAAUUAUUAGUAUAUUAGUAUGUAGAUAGAAAUACCCAGGGUAGAGGAGAAUGAGGUUUUAUGCCUUUUUGUGAGUCAUUCUUGGUUUCUUCCUCUCCUCAUUCCCUCCAUCUAAUUAGUCACCAAAUCCUGAAGUUCUUUACUGUUUUCUCAUCAUCAUUCACAUUGGAGUUGCAUUUUGGUUGGCCGUCAUCAUAUCUCACCUGGCCCACAGCAGCCAUCUGUUUCUAGACACACACUACUAAGUCCAACUCACUCAUAAUCACCAAAGGGAUUCCAGCGUGGUUCUUGUGUCAUUUUUCUGGCUUUAUUUUCUAAUACUUCACCACAUGUUCAGUAUGUACUGGGUUUAAUGAACUACUUAUUGUCCCUAUAAUGGGCCAUGUUCUUUCACUUCUUUAUUCUUUUGAACAUGUUUGUUCCUUUUCAUUUGCCUCUGGAAAAUACCUACUUAUCCUUCAAUCCUCAGCUCAAAGAUCCUGUCAAGACAAUACCUGGCUCUGCUCCUUUCAUCUGAAAUGACUCACAUAAUUUUCUCCCCUGAAGUCCAUAAAGUAAAUCAGCCACAAGGUGGCAGCAUAAUGCCAGGUAAUUAACUGUUCAAAGCAUGACACCUAUGAUUUCAGUUUAUAACCUAGCAUUGAUCUGAAAUUCCAUCUUAAAAAAAAAAAAGAUGAAAAUAUUGUGGAAUUAUUGAAUAACAAGGGACAAGCUCUGUAGCCCAUUUGUAGUUUUCAUCAUGGUUUUCAGGAACCACUUGGUGAAUCCUUGGGAGUUCCCAGGGACUCUGUCUCCUGUUUUAGCCAGAAAAGCUCUGAGAGUUGUUUUAAAGCCUGGACUUCCAGUCUGCUGUAGUCUUCAAAUAGGAAGCUGAAGCUUAGAGAGGUGGCUGGAUGAAGAUCGUAAGGCUAAUCGUGGAGAGGGAGCUCUGUAGUCCAGACUUACUGUUUCUGGUUUCACAGGGCUGCAUAUUUUUCAGUGCCAUCAGAGACUUACCCCAGGUAUUGUGGUAGAAACUUGAUAAUUGGAGGCAAGGAGCAUUCUUGCCUUAUCAUUUUGUUACUUUGCAACUACUCUGUUGGCAAUAAACUAAUAAUAAAGAACAUAAUAUGAUAUAUUUUCAUAUAUGAAAUCUCUACAUCCAUCUAAAAUAAGCUCUCUAAAGCUAAGGUUUAUGUUUUAUUUUUCUCUUUGUAUCUUCCAUAUCACCUAGGAGUCAUUCAUCUUCAUGAAACAAUUAUUGAAGUCAAGUGAUGGGCAUAGAGGAUUGAUAGCUCAAAUAAGGCUUGGAAAAAGUGUACUUGCCUUGGAAAAGUGUACUAGGAUUCUGGUGGGAGGCGUAGACAUAUAAAUGGAUAAUUUAUAAUAUAAUGUGGUAAGUACAGAGAGCUGUGGGAACAUAAAGGAAGGAAAAUGAACUUGGUUCUGAGAUUGCUCGCUUCUCUCAGAGCCCUUUUCUGUUUUGCUUCAUGUUCAGCUUUCAGGAAGUACUCAUUUCUGUUGUUGACAACUGAAGUUGUCUGUCAGAAAGCAAUGUUGUAAGGUGACAUACAACUACAUAUUUUUCCUCAAAAUUGAGGAGAAAGAAAUUUCUAAAGUAGGCAUUAUAUUCCUAUUUUUUAUCUGUGAAUUAAGCCCCCCAACUCCUCAGCUCUUUCUCUGUUGGCCCUCUACUUCAGAUUACCUUCUAUGAAGACAAAAAUUUUCAAGGCCGUCGCUAUGACUGUGACUGCGACUGUGCAGAUUUCCACACAUACCUAAGUCGCUGCAACUCCAUUAAAGUGGAAGGAGGCACCUGGGCUGUUUACGAAAGGCCCAACUUUGCUGGGUACAUGUACAUCUUACCCCAGGGAGAGUACCCUGAAUACCAGCGUUGGAUGGGCCUCAAUGACCGCCUCAGCUCCUGCAGAGCUGUUCAUCUGCCUAGUGGAGGCCAGUAUAAGAUUCAGAUCUUUGAGAAAGGGGAUUUUAAUGGUCAGAUGUAUGAAACCACUGAAGAUUGCCCUUCCAUCAUGGAGCAAUUUCAUAUGCGAGAGAUCCACUCCUGUAAGGUGCUGGAGGGUGUCUGGAUUUUCUAUGAGCUACCCAACUACCGUGGCAGGCAGUACCUCCUGGACAAGAAGGAGUACCGGAAGCCCAUCGAUUGGGGUGCAGUUUCCCCAGCUGUCCAGUCUUUCCGCCGCAUUGUGGAGUAAUGACAUGAAUGGGGCCAUGUUCUUCCUGAGGCCCAAAUGCUGGCUGGCCUUGUGGUCCAAAUAGGCAUCAUCAAUAAAACAGUUGGCAUGCAUCCCACUGCUGACUAUAACGCCUCUCCUUAAAUGCUUCUAGGGACCAGCAAUAUAAUGCUCGCCACAGUGGGCAGUUACACUAAGCAACACAUCCACCAGAUCACCAAUCUAGAUCUUUGUGCCAAACAAAAUGAGUCUCAUUAAAAGGUUAGAAAGUCA